UUCCCGUAUGAGUGUUGGUAUCAACCAGGUUUGCGCACUUUUUUAGAUCGAAGAGAGAAAGAGUAGAGACAGUAUCACGACUAGCAAACGCAAGAGAGAUUAUCCGAAAUGGGCAACGAGACGUCAAUACCAGAAGACCUAGGCAUAACCACGUUUGAUCCUGAGGAAAUAAGGCGGUUAGGAAAACGAUUUCAGAAGAUGGACUUGGACAAAAAUGGUUUGCUGAGCGUGGACGAGUUCAUGGCAUUGCCGGAACUGCAGCAGAAUCCGCUGGUGCAGAGGGUGAUUGAGAUAUUUGAUCAGGACGGCAAUGGAGAGAUCGACUUCAAGGAGUUUAUUGAAGGUGUAUCACAGUUCAGUGUGAAGGGAGACAGAGAAUCAAAGCUGAAAUUUGCAUUCCAGAUUUAUGACAUAGAUAACGAUGGCUUUAUCUCAAAUGGAGAGCUGUUUCAGGUUCUUAAGAUGAUGGUUGGUACAAAUCUUAAGGACAUUCAGCUUCAGCAGAUUGUUGACAAGACAAUCAUUAUUGCCGAUCUUGAUGGAGAUGGGAAAAUUUCAUAUCAAGAGUUCUGCGCUUUGGUGGGAAACACAGAUGUUCCAUCUAAGAUGGUUGUAGAGAACAUUUAGGGGGACUGGGUAGCAAAACUGUAGUUUAAGAUGAGAGUUGCCAUGAGGUAACUAAUUGAUAGUGGAGUAGCUGUACAUGUGUUGUGUAACAUGAGUUCAAAACGCAUUUAUCAAUGUUAUAAUUAUCAGUUAAAUGUUUCAAAAAUCAGUGGUGUGAUUUCAUUGCA